AUGGCAACAACAUCACUAGAGUCAAUCCCACAGCUAACACACCACACAACCCUCCACUGUCCCACCACAGGCACAAGAACAUGGUCCUCAGCACCCCACCUAUCUUCCCGUGCCCCUCUCCUCGCGACCGCGACGUCCGACAGGAGCGUCAAUAUAUGGGACAUGCGCUCCUGGCGCCUCCUCUCCACCAUCGCAGGCGGCCACAAACGGAGCAUAAGAUGUGUGGGGUGGAAGGACUAUGGCGAGAAGAGGAAGAAGCGUCGCAAAGAUGUAGAUAUGGAGGAUGGUGAGGAUGAACUGCGUAGAGAUCCUGUCAUUCUCGCUUCGGGCAGUUUUGAUGCGAAUUGUGGGUUGUGGGUCUGGAAUCAGGAUAAAGGUCUACAACAGGGACGGCAAAAACAACGUGAAGGUGGUAGUGAGAGUGCUUCGACCCGACCUGGUGCAGUUCCUGGAGCUUUUGACGACGACGAUGACAUGGAUCAAGAGCAGGAUUUUACAAAUACUGCCCAAGAAGAGGAAGAGGAUGAAGAAGAUUGGCAUUUCUCGACCUUGUUGACUGGUCCAGAUAGUGAGAUCAAAGAUUUGGCGUUUAGCCCACCACACUACGGAGCUAAUUUGCUCGCGACCUGUUCAAGAGAUAAAUCAGUCUGGGUGUGGGAAGAGGUCGAACCAGAAGAGUGGGAGACUGUCGCAGUCUUAGGAGAGCAUGCGGGUGAUGUCAAGUGCGUGACGUGGUUGGCAGGAGCUAGAACCUCGCGACGAGAGAUCAGCAGCCGGCUGAGAAGGAGGAGGACAAAAGACGAGGGCGAUACUGGUCCCGAGACUGGAGACGAUGACGACGAGGUAAUAUUAGGUCGUCGAGAACUCCUCGCAUCUGGAAGCUACGACGACACCAUACGCUUACACCACGAUGACGAGGCAGAAGGCGAUUGGAUCACUAUCGCUGUUCUGACUGGUCACGACGGCACAGUUUGGGAUGUGAGGUUCGAGAGCUACGUCAACCUCGCGUCCUAUCCUACCGAAAUCACCGCUGAGGAAGUGAUAGUCGACUGGGCGCCCAGGCUCAUCAGCUGCAGCGACGAUCUGACCAUAAAGAUAUGGACGAAGAAACUGUCGGAGAAGGAGGCGGAUGAGAAAAAGAUGCGUAUCGAGGAGAUACGACGUGGACAACGGACCACAAACACCACAGAUGGAAACGGCGAUGCCACGAUUGCGCCUCCCACAGGGUUUUCAGGUAGGAUACCCAGCACGAUUCGGCCACCAACAAGCACGGAGAAAUGGAUCGAAGAAGCUACGUUACCUGCUGUUCAUGUGAGGAGUAUAUACGCCAUUGAUUGGAGUGCAAAGACAGGUCUCGUGGUUAGCUGUGGCGGUGAUGGUGUCCUCGCUGUGUACAAGGAGGUCACUGCGGACAGCGCACAAAAAGAUACAGAUGUAGUUAUGGAUGGGACGAACGGCCAAGAUGACGAAGGAGACAUCAAGAAGCUCCCAACUGAGUGGAAAGUGGUCGCGAUUGUGGAGGCUGCGCACGACGAGUAUGAGGUGAACCACGUUUGCUGGGCGCCAAAGAGGGAUGGUAAACGGCGUGAGGAACUCGGCGCUGGAGCGAGUCUAGACGAUGAUGAUGACCAGGAAGAGUAUAUUGUAUCGACUGGUGAUGAUGGCCAGGUGAAAGUUUGGAAGUUGCCAGAGGAUCUCUUUAAAGAGCUUAGAUCUGAUACUUGA